AAUGGCGGCUCAUCACUAUAAAAGUUUGUAUGAAGAACGCCAUUGUAGCUGAAAUAUUUCUAUGAAAAGACUUCGGUAAGCUCUAUUUGACACAGGACACCACAUAGAAAGUUAUCAACAAUUUUAUACGAGAGAAUUCGCCUGUAAAAUCUCGUCUCUCGUAUCGACGUACCGACAACUGCAUCGGAGCUCUGCCUUUUCUGUAGAUUCAGUCGACGUAUUAAAGUUUAAGUUUUAUAUCACAAAGUAUGCAAGAAGGAGCGAACGAAGGUGCUAAAGAUGGCCAGAAAACACAAGAAGAAACACUGAUUGAUAUUUCUGAUACGCAAACAAAACAAACUGAAAGAGAAAAACGAAGUGUUCGAAAGACUUCAAAGCCACAAGAAAUGGUGGACUCCAUUUCACUUAGUUCUGACGACUCAAUGCCUGGGAUAAAUAGGCGACGUGUGCCAAGGGUUAAUUGCCCUGAAAAGAUUAUUCUUUGUGUUGAUUUAUCACCUGAAAUGAAUGAAGCCUCUUUCCAUAGUCGUACAGCCCCAGAGAGGACAGCAUACCAAUUUGUAAGGAAAGCCUCUCAGAUGUUUGUUAAGAACAAGGCUUACUUGAAUCCAAGCCAUGAAUAUGGGAUCAUAGUUCUUGAAGAUGAAGCAUCAUGGUACCAACAGUUUGAAAGUAACCCUGACACUGUCUGCACAGUGCUGGACCACUUGACACCAAAUGAACAAGAAACAAAGGAGACCUUUGAUAUGGAAAGCUUAUUCCAAGCAAUACAAGGGCGCAUUGUCCUCCCUGAGCUUGAAGACCCUCACCUCCCUCCCCCUUAUGUUGUACGAGUAAUAUUGGUAUAUGGACGAUCGCUGUGCUCUCCAGUUAUAAGUAGUCAUGGAAACCAGAUUCUACGGAGUUUGAUGCAAUCACCAUAUUUUUUCUUUGAUGUACUUUAUGUUCAUCAACUGCCGUCUGAGAACAAUAGAUGCGAGUCGAUUUACGACACAUUCUGUGAACUGGAUGAGGACGAAGUCGGCUACAUGCUCGAAGUCUCUCGAAGUACAACACGCUUGUUUGACCACAUGGCAGCGUUGCUUGCACAUCCACUUCAACGACCAAUACAAAGAGAUACUUACUAUAUGUUGACACUUAAAACGGACGGACAGGAAAGUCAGUAAUUCAUAGGUCAUAUAGGUUUAGACAUAGCUGACAGCAGUCGAUCGCGGGAUUCCUGUGUCCGUUUGCAGAGAUUGUUUAUGUGGAGGAGGGCUGUAUCAUGUUGUUAAGCAGUUUAGCUGAAAGAGUUUAUUUACAAAACCCAGCUCAGCAUUUUGUUAAGAUGAGUCAAAUUUCCUCGGACUCUUGAACUGAAGGUCCUGAAGAGAUUAGAAAUUGCUUGGAUUUUGCGCGUUUCUCGAAUCUUUUCUCAUAUAAUAGGCUUAAGUCAACAUGUUUUGGUGUGAAUGAAGCAUUCAGUAGUUUAUCGUUAGCAUAAUCUCACUGGGCGAAUCGGCAUGAUUCUAGAAAAAUUAAAAUGCGUAUAGUAUUACGUGAUUCAAGAUCUUGACACGCCCUAACUGAAACAUGGCGUCAAAUUGGCAGUCUACGUGCUCGAUAAAGAUUUUUUGGGUGACUUUCAAUCGCUUUGGGAUGACGUCGUCAGUUCAUCAACAUCCGCUUUGCAUAGCAUUACCUCAGCCAAAAAGAUUAAACAGGAUUAGAAAUUACUAGUAAUCUAAUUUACUAGUUUACCAUUACCGCUAUAUUAAAUCACUAUAUUUGGC